AUUUUGUUAUUUUUAUCUUUUUGCUCAAAACUAUGCAGCACAUUGUUUAUAAUACAUGGUGUUAGGACCUGCCCAAACUACUUGAGGUAUCUAAAUUGGUAAAGGUCACCAGGCUAUGUAGUCUAUGUGCAGGUGUGACAUGUUUAAUAAAAUGUCAAUUCCUUUGGUAAAAUGGAGUGGAGAAUCUUACUUCCAAGUCCAAAUUACUUAUUUGCUGGUUUUCCUCAUCCUGUAAAGCAGAACUAUACAUUAGACAUAUCAUGGCACCUGCUUCUUUGUAGAUAGUUGAUGCUGUAGUUGCUGCGCGUAUUCUGAACGCUACACUUGUUGUUCCCAAACUGGAUCAAACAUCUUUCUGGAAAGAUUCAAGCAAUUUUUCAGAAAUCUUUGAUAUCGACUGGUUCAUUUCAUUCCUUGCAAAGGAUGUCAAAAUUAUCAAAGAGCCUCCAGUAAAAGGAGGUAAAGCUAUGAAGCCUUAUAAAAUGUGGGUCCCCCGAAAAUGUACUCCACGGUGUUAUUUGAACCGCGUCUUACCGGCACUUCUGAAGAAACUUGUUAUUCGAAUGACUAAAUAUGAUUAUAGGCUCUCAAAUAAGUUGGACACUGACCUGCAAAAACUGCGUUGCAGAGUCAAUUAUCAUGCUUUGAGAUUUACUGACCCGAUACAAGAAUUAGGUGAAAGGCUAAUACAACGAAUGCGAAAAAAGGGCAGAUAUUUUAUUGCUCUUCAUCUGAGAUUUGAACCUGAUAUGCUUGCCUUUUCUGGGUGCUAUUAUGGUGGUGGAGAAAAGGAGAGGAAAGAAUUAGCUGCAAUUCGCAGACGAUGGAGAACCUUGCAUAUACGUGACCCAGAGAAAGGAAGAAGGCAAGGUAGAUGUCCAUUAACUCCUGAGGAGGUAGGUCUGAUGUUGAGGGCGUUACGCUACAGAAGUGAUGUCCCCAUUUAUGUUGCUUCUGGUGAGAUAUAUGGAGGGGAAGAUACUUUAGCACCCCUCAAAGCGCUCUUUCCCAAUUUCCAUACAAAAGAAACACUGUCUGGCGAUGAGGAGCUUUCUCCAUUCUUGAAGUUCUCAUCUCGCAUGGCUGCAAUUGAUUUCAUUGUCUGUGAUGAAAGUGAUGCUUUCGUGGCUAACAACAUCGGUAAUAUGGCCAAAAUUCUGGCUGGGCGAAGGAGAUAUUUUGGCCACAAGAGAACAAUCCGACCAAAUGCUAAACAGCUCUAUCCCUUAUUUAUGAAGAGGGGAAAUAUGUCAUGGGAUGCAUUCUCCGCCCAGAUGCGAAUAAUCCAGAAAGGAUAUAUGGGCGAUCCCAUGGAAAUCACAUCAGGAAGAGGCGAAUUUCAUGCGAACCCAGCCGCCUGUAUAUGUAUAAAGACCAGCGGAAACACAGUAGCAAAGUCCAUUUAUAGAAGCAACAAGGAACCUGCAAAUGACACUGGAAUAAGGAAAGCCGUUGUUGGACCACCAUAUCCUGUUUAUACUGAUGAAGAAGCAGAUGGAUCUGAUACAGAAGAUGAUCAGGAUACCACCGCAAGAGGAGAGAUGAUCGAUGCUGAACCCGACGAUGACUCUGUGGUCAGACAAGAGGAUCCUGAGCUAGAGGAGAUCCUGUCAGAUUAGUUCAGUUGCGCGGCUAUUUGUUCCAGUUAGGUUAUGCAAAAACCGACUUUGCAUACAUGUGUUGUAUGUGGCAGCAACUUGAUGGUCUGGACAUCUCCUAACUUGCUAGAUCUGCAGCUGCUGGUGUACAUAGAUUUUGUGGUGUGCAGCUGUACAUCCUCUUCCCCCUAGCAGCCAAGCUGGAUGAGGGCAUGACCUUGUUUGUCAUCUGUGGCAUUGUGGCGUUCAGAUUUUUCCUCUUUUUUUUUAAACAAAAAUGGUGCCUGUGUUGAUCGCUUAUGCAAAUGUGUAUAUUCCUUCUUCAUUUUCA